CGUACGCUUCGACAGAACUUGUUAUUCUUUUAUUGCUACUUAGUGUGUGCCCUACGGCGGCGCGGCACCACAAUACGAACGUCACUAUUACAUUUUUUUUUUGCUUCGUGCGUUAUUUAUUAUUAGAGACAUAUUUUAAUGCAGUCAGCGAAGGCAUAACAGCACAACACAUUUAUAAUUGUCGAGCUAAAAAGUUCCCGUAUACAACAAAGUUCUAUAUUGAAUCAACAAUCGGCAAACGGUAGAGGGUAGAUGGGAACCACAUUCACGUAAUUCACGCAUUUCGAAUUCGAAGCUCAUGUACGUUCCACCCUAAUCGAGUAUUGACAUGAUAUCUACCAGUAAAAAGGAAUUCUUGUUCGUCGAGCACUUUUGUUGUUGUGUCAGUGUAAUGUUUGUCGUGCUUGAAGACAGUUGCUCGAUUUUUGUCUCGGAAUUUCCGUGAAUUUUUCCGUGAUUGACAAACAAAAAAUUAUUUGGAAGGAUAUUUUUUGCUCAAAAAAAAAACCCUCGAAGGAAUUUUGUUUAUUUCGAAAUAUUUAAAGAAGGGAUUUAGGAGGUGAUUUAUUGCCCACGUUGUAAAAUGUGUGAAAUAGAUAAACUGUAGAUAUUUGUGAAAAAGUAAACAAGAGAUAAAAUUGAUGCAGUCAUGCUGUCAUUUUGUUAUUGAAGCUUUAUAGAGACUUGUUAGAGACAUCAAUCGAAAGUGUUGUCGUUGUCGUCGCCGUCAGCAGAGAUGAUAAUUAAUUUCAAGUAAUUAGCGGUUAAUGUGUCACUAUGGAUGAUCUGGAGGACGUUGCGUGGAUUGUUUGGUGUGCUUUGUUAUCGGCGUUACUUUUUUACAUUUUGGUCCAAACAGUCCGUUACUGCGCCAAAAUUGCCAAAGCCCGAGGACUUAUUUCCGACACAAAUCCCGACGUAAAUGCCAGCGAAGAUUUUACAUCGCCCGUCUACACAAUUUCCUCACGUACGAUGCCAUCAAUCGAUACGAUAUCGACAACCGCAAGUAACAGAGAACUCACAAGUCGAAGUAGUUUAAAUAUUGAUAGUGCUAAUAAUAACAUGGAAAAGUCAGCAGAUGGUCUCCCGACAUAUGAAGAAGCGUUGCGGAUAAUGAUGACUCCCACGUGUCCCGUCAUGGAAUCGGCAAACUGUAACAGCCAAAAUAGUCAGAAAUGUGUAGCAUGAAUGGAAUUUCGUACAAAUUGAUUAAUUUGAAUUGUCUCGAGAAUGGCAAUCAAAAUUAUUGCCAGAGAACUGAUAAAAUAUUUACCUACAUAUCGAUAUGUGAUACAGACAAAAAAAAAUAUUGUACUUGAGAGUAUUAUUAUAGAUACUUUUUAUAAAAAUUAGUAGAGAUAGCAGAUAGGGAACACCUCUAUGAAUAAAUAAAUAAAUAUUUUUGUUAAUUAUUUAA